AUGAGCAAGGUAAACUCAGGUGUUGCGCUGCCCCUAUGGGUGGUCACCCUUGGCGCGCUGCUUGUAUUUCUGAGCAUGGCGGCCCUGGUAAUCGGUGUUAUGCAAGGCCCGGUAGCAGGCGACGCGUCGGAGACGCCCCCCUUGUACGACGAGCAGAUGGUUGUGUCCCUUUACGAGAAGGCCAAUCCAGCCGUGGUGAGGGUGGAAACGGUCAUAAACACCCCCGACCGGUUCGGUUUCCUCUUCCCGCAUGGUGGGCAGGGUUCAGGGUUCCUGGUGGACACCGAGGGGCACAUUCUCACCAACUACCACGUAGUCCACGACGCCUCGACCGUACAGGUGGUCCUGCCAAACGGCGAGACGCUGGAUGCAAAGGUAGCUGGCAGAAGCCCGGCGGACGACGUGGCGCUUCUGAAGGUGGACGCCAAGGACGUUGCCGGGAUCGAGCCGCUGCCACUGGCCGACUCCAGCGCAAUCGAGACUGGGCAGAUGGCCAUUGCUGUGGGCAGCCCCUUCGGUCUGGACAACUCCGUCACCGUGGGAGUGAGUCAGCGGCGUGGAGCGGAGCCGGCCGGGUGUCCUAGUCGACCUAUCACCGGGAUGAUCCAGACGGACGCCUCUCUGAACCCCGGCAACUCAGGAGGCCCGUGCUGA